AUGCUCACACCUACUCUCUCGUUCAAACUCUCUAUUUCUCUUACUUAUUUUCAUCCGUUCUUUCUUACUCACUCACUUUCCUUUUCUGUUUUUUAUUCUCUGUUCCUCUUUCUCAGUGUCUCUCUCACUCAUUCUUGUUCUUCCUUUUUUUUCUGUUUUCUCUCACAUUUUUCUUUCUUUCUUUCUCUCACUCUCUCUCUCUCUCUCUAUCUAUCUAUCUAUCUAUCUAUAUAUAUAUAUAUAUAUAUCUUAAUCACUCACUCUCACUGUCCUUUUCUAUCUCCUCGUCCUUUUCUCUCUCUUACUUUCUCACUCAAACACAGUUACCUUCUUUUCUAUCUCUCAAUCAUUACUUUUCUCUCACAAUCUCGCUUCCCACCCUUUCUUUCUCUCUUUCAUUCUUUUACUCACUCACUCACUCACUCACUCACUCACUCACUCACUUACACUCUAUCUCUCUCACUUACUUUCGCCUUCCUUUUAUAUCUCUUAAUCAUCUACUCUCUCUUUCUCUUUCUCAUUCUCCCACUCACUCUUUCCUUGGGUUGCUUCUUUUUUUCUUUCUUUUUUUUUCCUUCUUUUAGUCCAACUUUUACUUUCACAAGCUUCAACUCACACAACACGCACAUCACACAUUACAAAAUUUCCCGGCCUCCCGCAAAGUCUAACACUCCUCCUCCUCCUCCUUAUCGUCGUCGUCGUCCUCCUCCUCCUCCUCCCUACGCCGUCACCCCUAACAUCCACCCAAAUCGUCCACCCUCUUCCACUCCAACCCGACUCCAACUUCGCCCGUCCCCCUUCCUGACAUCCCUUCACAAUUUCACACCUAUCUUCUUUCUUUUUCUAUGCUCUGUAAGGCUGCCUUACUUUGGCGAGGCUUGCCACCCGCCUACCCUUUCCCUGCUGUUUGACAGCCUGUCUUGGGUAGUGCAUGGAAGAGGGUGGCAGAACGCCCGGCGGCUAAGGUCUGCCCAGGCCUCUCUCCUUCCUCUUCUCCUCUCUGCCCGGGUUCCCGUAGGCUUUUGGAUUUGA